AUGGCAACAAGUCCUCGCUGCCAUCUCAUCGAACUUCCAGCAGAACUCAGGCUACGAAUCUACGAGUAUGCCCUCGCACCAACAGGUAGCCUCUUCCUCACCAGCAACCGUGAUUACCGUUACCAGGUCGAACCAACCAUCUCCCCAGCUCUACUCGCCACGUGUCACCAAAUCCACCACGAAGCAUCCUCCAUUCUGUACGAACAGAACUCCGUCUGCAUCAAACUAGACGUCACCGACAACUCCUUCCCCAUCAUCUCAAGCUCCCGCCUCCCACAGCGCGUGCUCGAGAAGCUGCAGCACAUAUGUCUAAUCCUAGACGGCUGCGGCGCAGUAGGCGCCAGCCCUUCGUACGCAGACGUCGACUGGACUGCUCUCACCGCUCUCGUGUCGUUGAAGACACUGCGUCUGACUCUGCUGGCCGUCGGCUUGCCCUGUCAUCCCGUGUGGAAGCAUGAGGAUUACUUCGCAGGAGUGAACAGGUACUGCCAGGAUCUUGUGAGGGAGGUCAUCGAGCGGGUCCCGGCUGCGACGAACAUCUAUUACGGCACUGAGGAGGGUUCGAUAGAGCGGGAUAUUGCGUCAAGACUGGUAAAUGCGCCUCCGAUCUCUCAUUAUCCGGCCGGUGAGGUUGACGAAGAGACUUUGGCUAUAGCUGUGUCGACUUUGGAGGCAGAGCCGGGGAGCAAGUCUGGUAGCGUGGCGAAGGUCUUUGGUGAUUCUGAUGUUGAAAGGGUGGUGUCGUUUCAAAGGUGGUAG